AUGGACAACCCCAAUGUAUACUUCAACAUCUGCAUGGAAACUGAGCCCCUGGACCCACUUACAGCAGAAGCAGAAAACUUCCAGGCUUUGAGCACUGGAGAGAAGGGAUUUGGUUACAAGGGAUCCUGCUUUCACAGAAUCAUUCCUGGGUUUAUGUGCCAGGGUGGUGACUUCAGUCACCAUAAUGGUGGCAAAUCCAUCUAUGGGGAGAAAUUUGCUGAUGAGAACUUUAUCCUGAAGCAUACUGGUCCUGGCAUCUUGUCCAUGGCAAAUGCUAGAUCCAACACAAAUGGCUCCCAGUUUUUCUUCUGUACUGCUAAGACUGAUUGGUUGGAUGGCAAGCAUGUGGUCUCUGGCCAAGUGAAAGAAGGCAUGAACACUGUGGAAGCUAUAGAGAGUUUGGAUUCUCAGGAUGGCACGACCAACAAGAAGAUCACCAUUGCUGACUGUGGACAAAAUCUAAUAAGAUUUUUUGUUUUGUUUUGUGUCUUAACCACCAAACCAAUCUUAUACCCUGUAACCCUGGUGCUCUCACUUGCUACAAUUCUCUUUGGACUUCAUUUCCCUUUUCCUUCCACAAGUCUGGCUAGACAACAGAGUUAAGUUUAUGAUUAUGAAAUAAAAACUAAACUAC